AUGUCAUCAUCAUCAUCAUCAGAAUUGACACUUGAACUAAGUUCCAAAUCUUUCGAUGGUUAUCAAUAUAUUUAUAGUCAUGAUAGUUUAACAGUUGAUUGUAAAAUGAAAUUUGGUGUUUAUGUUCCAUCAGUAGCUGAUAAUGAAAGUGUACCUUUAUUAAUAUUUCUUUCUGGUUUAACUUGUAAUGAACAAAAUUUUAUAAUAAGAUCUGGUGUUCAACGUUUAGCAUCAAAAUAUGGUUUUAUUGUUGCUAAUCCAGAUACAAGUCCUCGUGGUUGUAAUAUCGAAGGUGAUCAUGAUCAAUGGGAUUUUGGUGAAGGCGCUGGAUAUUACGUAGAUGCAACCGAAAGUAAAUGGUCAACAAAUUAUCAAAUGUUUUCGUAUGUUAAUGAUGAAUUUUAUGAAUUAAUUAUAAAAAAUUUUAAUGUUGAUAUUAAUCGUAUAGGAAUUUUCGGACAUAGUAUGGGUGGUCAUGGUGCCUUAAUUAGUUUUUUUAAAUGUCCUUCUCAAUAUAAAUCUGUUUCAGCUUUUGCACCCAUUUGUAAUGUAUCGAAAUGUGAAUGGAGUAGAAAUGCAUUUAUAAAAUUCUUUGGACAAAAUGAAGACCUUUGGAAAGAAUAUGAUGCUUGUGAACUUGUUGCUUUAUAUGAUGGUCCAAUGCCAUAUGCACCGGUUUUAAUUGAUCAAGGUUCAAAUGAUCAAUACAAAGAUAAUUAUUUAUAUCCAGAUAAAUUUAUUGAAGCUUGUACAAAUGCUUCAUUUCCAAUACAAUUACGUGAACAAAUUGGUUAUGAACAUGGUUAUUUUUUUAUUAUGACUUUUUUAGAAGAUCAUUUUAAAUAUCAUAAAAACGAAUUUGAACAUGGAAAUUAA